AUGGAUACUCCAAUAUCAUUCCCACCUAUCAAACGACGCGCCCGAUUGACGGUUGUUUGUACGAAUUGCAAGAAACGCAAGAGUAAAUGUGAUCGAGCCAAACCAUGUAGUCAUUGUAUUCGAUUAGGAAUCGCCAAUGAAUGCACUUAUUUAAAUGCAGUGACACCAAGAAGAAAGCAUGGUGGUAAUGGUGGUGGAAAUGGCAACAAUAGCGGCGUGACUAAUAGUAAUAGUGGGAUCACGUUUGGCGGAACAGAAAUGAAUAAUUUCCUCAAGAUUAUACCGAAAGAAGAUUGUACAAUUGAUAAUGAAGUAGUUGGAAGUGGCGGUACAUUGGAUAUGGGGACAAUCAAUGAAGAACCUUUGCCACCUACCAAUUCAUAUAUUCCCCCACCUUUAAAUGAGACUCCCUUGAAUGAAACUCCGAUGAAUGAAGUUCCAGAGGUAUCAUAUAAGGCCACCGUUCGAAGUCCUAGUGUAUUUUCCAAUCAUCCAAUAACAUUCACCCCAAUGGAUUGCAGCAUGACGACUCUGGAAGAGAAUGUUGUGACAGAGAGUGUGUUACCCACAGCGAAUCAUCAUGAAGUCGAUGAAAUAAUUAACUUGAUCCCCAACAAGAGAUACGUUACGUUCAAGAGAUCUGCAAUCUCACUCGUUUCAUUAUUUAGCGACACUGCUAUUGAACAACGAGACAUCUAUUUGAAAUGUAUGAUUGCAUUUCGAAGCAUUGCAAUCAAAAUGACAACAAGCAAACUUAAACCCAGUGGCUUAGAAUACAACCAGAAUUGUCUACCGAAAUCGUUUGUUCCCUUGAGUGUGUUUGAUGCCGAUGGCGAUCCACUUUCACCAGAGACGUUUGUCAAACAACAGAAAUCCAUACAUAAGAAAUUAUUGGAUAAAUUUGGAGAAUAUCGUAAGAAUUCCAAUUUCAAGAUCAUAGAAGGUGUGAAAUUACCUGGAGUGCAUUUACCCAGCAAAUAUUUAUUUAUGAAUGAGAUAUUGCCUAUUUUCGAAAAACAUGUUUAUAAUAUGGUCCCAAUUUUCAACUUGCAUGCAUUACGUUGGGAUAUUGUUAAAUUCUAUGAAGGAUUGGAGAAAAAUGGUGGCGAGAUGAGCUUGAAACAAUUUGAUCAUCUUGUGUAUUGCGUGGUGUUGUUGAUUUGUAAAUUAUCACAACUAUCGAUUCAUUUUUGUAAAAGCAAUGAAGCCAAUGUCCAAUCGAGAAUCUUACAAUUGGAUUCGUCGAAAUAUAUUGCCAUUGUGAACCAUUAUCUCUCUGAUUUGAAAAUGUUACGGAAAUGUACGUUGAUUCAAUUACAAACGAUGAUCCUGUUGCGAUUCUAUUAUUGGUGUGCCCCAGAAGAUGGAGACGGGGCAGAGCUUCAACAAUCUCAAAUCCUGAUGGGGGCGAUCAUAGCGUCGUGCAGAGAGAUUGGUGCGUCAUGGGGGGUGUUGAUAGACCGUGAGAAUUAUUAUUUGAAAAUACAACAUCAAGUGAGACCACCGCUGAGUAUAAUGAACCAAGGAGAUUAUAUGCGGUUGUUUCAGAAAAUAUGGAGUUUCGUGCUAUUUUGGGACCGUAAGAUGUUUCUAAUCAACGGACAAGAAUGUGGAGUGGAGAAAUCGUUUGUCUACAACUAUGAACGGUAUGUUCGACAAGAUGAAGAGAAUAAUCGGGUGUCAUGGUAUGAAAAAAUGGUCAAUAUAGAUUUACUGAUGAUGAAGAUGAAUGAUUCGAUCCAUGACAUGCCAUCACGAGUGAAUGUGAGACAAGUGCAAGGGUAUUUGAAAAAACUGAAUUCGCAAUUCCAAUUCUUGUCUAUGAAAUGGAACCAUGAGACACAUUUGAACCUAGAGUUCCAAUUGAUGUUGGGAUUGUUCAACGUAUCGUUAUUACAUUGCCAAAUGGUCCAUUAUGAGACAAGUGUCCAUACCGUAUGCUAUUACGACUCAUCACAAAAACUAUGGGACGAACUUGUCUCGCUGUCAUCCCUAUGCUAUGAUUAUUUCUACGGGGAAGGGAAACGCUUCCUCAACCCGUACACCCGCUUCUACACUAACAAAAUCAUCGGCAUAGUCUCUGAUAAAGUAUGUGUUCUCUUGCCCACAUUCAUUCUCCGAUCGAAUCUGAUCAUGGAGCCGACGCGCCAAGAACAAGAAUAUUCCAGACGACAAGCAAUGAUCCAGUUCCUAUACAACGUGUCGUCCAUGUAUUUCAACGAACUGGGCUCCGACUAUUACCGCUGUUUCAAGAAAAUGUUUACAGCCAAGAUCAGCUACAAGAUCUUGAACCGGCCAAGUUCCCGCAACACAUGGGCCACCAUCUUGGAAUUUCUUGUAUAUGAGAUAGAGACCUCCGAUGAUAAAAUCAUAUACAAGAGCGAAGGUGCUCGCUUGAGUGUGAAACUACCUGAAAUAAGACAACUGGUUGAAGCAAUAGCAUCUCAUAGAGCAAGAGGAAAUGUUGCAGUCGAUCCAGUAUAUCUAUGGAAACAUGAACUUGUUAAGAGGGGAGAUGUAUUGGAUGAUUGUGUCAUAGAUAUCCAUGAACGCGAAUUGCAAGAGUUAUUUGCAGAACAGCCGCGCCACUUGCGGCACGGCAACAUGUUUUCGCGUUUCUACGAUUACACCAGUGGACAAUUGGCCAAAUCGAUCGAUGCGAUCGGCGUUGCCAGCGGAACGGCGGAGACACAGACAGAGGCGCAGACGCUGCCAACGGAGUCUGAAAUGCAGGGGCGAUUCCAGGCAGAAGCGGAAGCGGAGGCGGGCGUGCAGGCAGACGGGCAGACAGACGGGCAUACAGACGGGCAUACAGGCCAGGCAGAGUCCUCUUCGCAUGCUGUGCCUGGACAGGCUCAACAGGGUCAGCCUGCAAACCAACAGGCUUCUCCCUUUGACAGUCUGGAGCUGUUGCAGGAUAUGUUCGAGCCGUUGGACUUUCUGUCGUUUUUCUAG